ACUACUUUGGUCUGAAUAAGGGCUUGAACAGCUGGAAAUAUGUUUCCCCUUCCACGCUCGAACUUCACAAGGGAGCAACAUGCACCAAUUCAAGCCAUUGCGAGAGAGAUUCAAAGAGGAAAGGCUCCAGAGUUAGACUUGGGGAAGAAGGUUAGCACUCCUCAGGAUCUGAUGAUGGAGGAGCUGUCCCUGCCUAUAAACAGGGGAUCAAGGCUGUAUCAACAAAGGCAGAAGAGAGUGCAGCGUUUUGUGCUGGAGUAUCCUACAGGCUUCAGAGUUUCUGCUUACGCCACAGAGGGGAAAGAGAACUAUCAGAAUGAGAUUCACAUGGAGGCUUCCGGAAAGAGAGCACCCCCCAAAGUACCACAGAAAACAGGCAAAGUCUUGCGGAUGAGCAAAGCCCUGAACCCCAGCGCAAUUGCUCCAGGCUAUUCUGGACCACUAAAAGAAGUUCCACCAGAGAAAUUCAACCGAACUGCAAUCCCCAAAGGUUAUCAGUCUCCUUGGCAGGAAUACUUCAGCAAUGCUGAUUACCAAGUAAAUAGGGAAACCCGUUUCCCUGAGCCUCCCAGAAAAGUGAAUAAUUUGGACCUUAGAAACUUCAACAGGACUCCAACUCCAUUUGGUGGACUGUUAUUGAAUGACGUGUUCCCUAGGUUUGAUGUAGUUGCUUCUCCUAUAGACACCAUGAACAGUGCGGUGCUCCUUUCCAAGAGACCCAGUUUUAACAGAGCACCUCAGGGAUGGAUACAGGUUAUGCCUGAAUCGGAGGACCUGUAG